AUGGAUGCAUCGACGACUACCUCUCUGGCCGGUCAGCUUUCCGCUCCAGAGUCUCCUAAGGUUACAAGCAAUAGCCCCCGAGCAACGCGCGGUGCCACAACAAGGGGUAUCUCCCCGGGUAGCCCGGGACAGCGUCCAUCGUCUGCAGGGACUGCGGUGGCUGCUGCACAGGCUGCCAUUGUACCCCGGAGCCAAGAAGCGAGUGCCGUUGCUGCGUCUCCGCGGAGACCCCCUUCUCAAGAUCGAAGUAUCCCGGAUCCAGCACCGACCCAACAGCUCCUGGCACCCGAAGCCCGACAUCCUACACGUCCUGCCUUGGUGAAACGCCCGUCGACAGUGCCGGAAGAUGCUCAAGGCGAGGAACAGGCAGAAAUUUCUGGCCCCGCGCAGCGAGCAGAGCUCCCUCGUGGGGGUACCGUAACGCCGGAGAGUCCACAGACCAUCAAACCGCAAUCUACACCGGACCAGACCAAGGAUCAAUUACUCAGUCCACCCAUAAGCCCACCGAGCUCGCAGCCUUCCGUCGACGCCAGUGUCGAACCGCAGCCGUCACAUAUGCGUCAAUCCAGCAGUCCCGGGCGCUCCGCUCGCUUCUCGCGACAUCUUUUGGUGGCGAACCUUCCGAGCGAUCACCUUCACCAACCCCCACCAAGGUCCGUGUCGCCGGCCAAAUCUGCACUAAAACAUCCCCGAAAAGAUGGCUUUGCUUCCGAUCCCCACCCGGAGACAGUGCUGCGACCAGGCCCUGCGCUCAGUGAACUAUCCGAUGGCACUUCCGUCGCAUCUGAUGAUGGUUCAAAGCAAGGGGCUCGAAAGAGGUAUGCCAAAGUCGGCUUCGAUGAUGAGGCAGAAAUUGUGGGCACGGCAGCGAGCCCGCCGACAUCUCCCGACGAAGUUCUGCCUGAGUCGCCGCAGUCCAAGCCCAAGAGUAAGGGUGGGUGGUUUGCUAAGCGUAAGCAUAAUUUACGAAGCGGGACGCCUGAUGAAUUCGAGCAUAUGUUGAAACCUCGACUUGCUCUGCCCUCAUUUGGCAGUAUUCGCGGUAACAGGUCGGGAGGUCAGCCGGAGCCGCAGCCUCGCGAGAUUAGCGACAAUGAAUCCACGUCCUCGUCCGACUCUCCGAUGGAUACAUCGAGGUUUUCAUUCUCUAAUGACCAUGCUGUGGGAAGUGUCCUAGCCAAUUCUGUGAGUGAGGUGCCGCAAGAGAGCACGACGCAUAUUCGUCCAGCUAGCCCUCUCCCAACAGUGUUGGAGCUAGAAAGUCCGUCAGAAUCGAGUCACCGGGAUGAUUGGGUAGAACAGCCAGGCACGGCAAUCAGCCACCCGGCGGAGGUCAACGCCCCAACUGAGGCAACACAACCACAAACUCCUAGACAGACUUUGGCAGUUCCUGAUAUUACCGUUCAGCCAGCUUCGCCCGAACUUGAAAAAGAGCGCCCAAGCUUGGAAUGGUACGAAGUCCCAGGGGGCUUUCCACGUUCCUCUUUAGACUCGGGCCCCACACAGGCAAAGCCCAAGAGAAAGUCAAUCACAUGGGACGACACCGAUGUCAUGGGCGAUUCAGCCGCAGAGCGAGAGACUGAUGACGAGUCCGGUGAGAGCAUCUACAGUGAUGCGGAGGAGGGCGUCAACAGCCAUGGCUUUGGCUCUAUUGAUGCUGUCGUCGAUGGCCGGCCGUCGGUCCCAUCGUUCCAAGGCGCAGCAGCAGGACUUGGUCUUUCCGAAAAGAAUCAGCAUCAUACGGAUGACUGGUCGGAUUCGGAGUAUCCACAGACCUGCCAGAUUGCCCGCGCGAGCUCUCCUGUGCAAGAUACAGCCCUUAGUCCCGUCCCAGAAUCCCCUGAAUCGGUGGACCAAACUAUGCCUUUCUCGUCUCCCUAUCCUCCUUUCGCCGCUCAGUCACAGGGGAAAAGUCAAAGUGGUUCAUCCCCAGCCAAGACCGCACGAUUGACUUCUCACCACGUCAAAUCUGUUGGACAAUCUAACCUAGGCAAUCGUGCAGACAACACGGCAACGAAGACUUCUGACGUCCCGCAGGCGACUGCAACGCAGCCAACUGCUACUCAAGACCGGGCCAGGCCGAUGUCAUGGAGACCUGCUGCCAUGCAGAAUGGAGUCGGUGGUAAGAAUCGUGCGUCAGCAGUAAACGGCAAGGCACCAACUCCGCGAAGAACAUUGUCCAGUGGCAGCGAUUCUUCCAGCAGUUUCAAGCGAGCCAGUCGUCCAUCUCGGGCAGAGUCGAACCACACCAUGCGUCUGACGAUGCGGGGCGGCCCUCCAGUCCGACAGGCCCCAACCCGGGCAAUGUCACCACCAGCCGACUCACGUCCGCGUUCACCGCAAUCGGGUGGUAAUAUGCGGACGACGCUUCGAAUGAACGGAACCAAACGCGAGAAGGGCUCAUUCUUUUCCAAUAAGUCGCCGAAGAAUAAGGUAUCCAAGGUACCUGGUAGUCGAUUUACUUCCCGCUUCCCUGAUUCGGACGACGACGAGGGCUUUGACAACUGGCGAUCACGAUAUCGGUAUGACGAUUCUAGUGACGAUGAGGAUGAACGAGCCCCAGCUCCGCUGCCCCCUGUUCGAGGGAUACCUCGGCGACAGGGCGCUCACGAUGGCGAUUCAACGGAGCUAGAAGACAGCUCCGACGAGGAGCGGCAGGCGGCUGCGUCUCGACCGCGAGCUGCUGUGCCAUCUCCCUGCAAGUCAGGCUCAACACGGGACCCUGCCUUGGCAGCAGUGGCUCGGAGUCGUGGAAUGACGGAUGAGGAGAUGGACGAGUUUCUCCAGCCCAAUCGAGGGCGCAAGGCGGGACUGUUCCAUCGGUUCAGCAUGCGCAAGUCCAAAUCCCCUGUCAAUCGCAGGUCCCUCACAAAUGGUACUGCUCGACAUGGCGGUCUUCCAGAGCGUUCGCUAGUCGAAGGCGAACCAGAUCUCCCGCUGCCUGGAGCUCAAACUAACGUCGUCACUACUAUCACGGCGACCAACCCGCCGCCGCCAACCCCGUCCAAGCUUGUGCGACGUGCGUCACAACGGUCCUCGCGCAGUGACGGUUGGCCGUUGCGCACCGAGCGCAAGGAGUCGGGAACUGCACCUGCAGCUACCACCAACGGUGUUGACGAGCGCCUCGCGACAGUUGAUGAGGAUGCCCGCAAUAAUCCGAUCACCGCUCCUGCCGGUGGACUCGCCUCCAAAGAAAACCAGGAUCCUUCCAUCCCAGCAUCAACAACGAAGAACAAUUCUCGUCCUGCCGCAGACGUUGUCAUUGGAUCUUCUGGACGCAAAAAGCGCUUUCCCCGACUCCGCAAAGCUUUUGGCUUGCGUGACUGA